AGAAGAUUUGACCAUGAACGAGCUGAAAUUCCUAGUUUUGGCUUCAGUGACCUUUUGUUUUUUGCCUUUAAUGUCGGCAUCAGUUGUUCAAGAUUUCAAUCACGUGGAGAGAUGUAAAGACUCCCUGUAUAUGGGGACACCCCCGAGGGGGAUCAUUGGUACCGGACUGAAGAAGAUCUGCCAACGAUACGCUGACAAACCUCGAUAUGUGACUCUGUACGACCCUCAGAAGAGGAUCCCAGUUUACUCGGCUUACACCUUCAAGAAAACAGAGGGGGACAGACGUGUGGACUACCCUUGGAUGUAUGAGCCACAGGUCAGAGGAAUACCUUUGAGUUAUACUUGAAUUUGUUUCUCAAAACUCAAAGAUAGAUACGUUAAAAUAACAACUGUUCAGAUUGUUCAGUGUUUUUCUUUUGUCUCCAGCUGGCUGAAAUCGACGGAAAUGGGAAUAUGCUUCCCUUCCCUACUGGUUACCUGCACAUGAAGUUUGAGGACAGCCAGGCAGUCCUGGACGACUAUUCUGAUGUGGUUCUGUACGAAAGAGGCCACCUAAACCCAGACCAGCAUCAGUCCACCCCACACGACCGUGCUGCAACCUACACCCUGACCAAUGUGGUCCCAGAAAUACGAGAAUUCAACAUUGGGCCUUGGCGUGAGUAUGAAGAGCGGAUCCGGGUCCGUCUCAACAACUUCUGUCGUGGCACAGCCUUCAUCGUCACAGGAGUGACCACCAGAGGGAACAUGAUCCGUCGCAACAACCAGGACCGUGUGGCCAUCCCUGAAGAUAUAUGGUCUGCUUACUGCUGCCCCGACUAUGACCGCAACUCGCCACAUGUUGUCCGUAUUCGCUUUCCAUCCCACGCAGCUUUGGCUAAAAAUGCCAAGGAGGGCAACAGUGUUCAUGAGAUGCCAGUCCAGGAACUUGAGAUCUUCCUGAAAAAUAACAUGGACGUCGACCAGAACCUCCAGAUCUUCUAUGACAACUGUAUCUCUCCCUCACCUCUCCCUCUUUACCUCCAACACACCAUCUAA